AUGAUCCGAUCCAGCUGCCAUACUUUCCAGCAUCGUCAGACAACUUUCGUGCGCAGAGCCUGGACUUCCGCUUUUGCCACCAGUCAUCGAGAAGUACGAGAGGAAGGUCAAGGGUUCAGCUCUCGGGGUCUUCAAAUAGAAGAGAGCUGUGAACUCAUUACCAAUUUGGUAGAACAUUAUUGCAUGACGACCAUUGUCAUCGACGCUCUCGACGAAUGUGAUCCCGAAAAGCGGGAGAUGUUCCUAGACGGGAUCGAAAGUCUGCUGCAAAAAAAUUCGUUUGGGCUAGUGAAAGUGUUUCUAUCGAGUCGUGACGACCAAGAUAUCCAACGUUUGUUGCGCAACAACCAUGCCAAGGAGGCACUGAAAGUUUUGAUUAUUGAUGCAGUUAGUAGAGGCAUUGAUGGCAUGUUCAGAUGGGCGAGUCUGCAAUUGGAAAUGCUUUGCACGAUGAAGCUAGAUCAAGAUGUCCCAGCAAGAUUGGGGCGACUACCACCCAAACUGGAGCAACUUUACCUGGAGGCCUACGAGAAUAAUCUGCUGAAGUACCCAGGCGAGAUCGGCCAGUCUAUCAUCAGCAACAUAAUGAAAUGGUUGCUCUGUGCGCAAAGGCAAAUGAAAUCCUCGGAAUUUUGCACUGCUGUAGCAAUGUAUACUGUUCCCACUGAAGAGCUUACAAAGGAACAUGUCCUCGACCUUUGUCAUAACUUCGUUGUGUUCGACAACGGUUCGGAUGUAUUUAGGUUUGCUCAUCUUUCGGUGCGAGAGUUCCUCGAGAAGCGAGCUGAGUAUAUGGCAAAUUCGUGUCAUCUCCUUGCAGCCGAGACCUGCUUGUUACAAUUCAUCGGUUCAUCAAACUGGUCAGUUGCAGAGGCUUUCCUGCAACAACAUUACGCCCUUGAUCUUCGUGGGAAGUUGCAUCUACUGCGGAAUUGUUGGGAGGUUUCCAUAAUUAUGCUACGAUUUUCUGGGCCAGACAUUGCCGGUUGA